CAAUCAACUCGGGAAGAUAGAAAACGACUGUCGAUCUAGAAUUAUCUGUCAAUAGGCUAGUUGCAUCAAUAUUUUUAGUUAAACAGGAAAUUUACACCAACGCCUAUUUCACCUAAAUUGUCGUUUUUAACACUAUAUGAACAAUGGAUGAGGAAGUUGGAUUUGAGAAGCUCAAACUUACAGGGGUGAUAGGCUUUAAUGGAAAAAUUCAGAACGGUUUCCUGGUGCAUCCUGAUGGACAACAUGUUGUAUUUUCUCUAGGAAGCAACGUUAUUAUUGAAAAUAUAAGUACAGGAGAGCAGUUCUUUUUGCAAGGACAUACAAACAUCGUCGUUUGCAUGGACAUUGACAAGUCAGGAUCAUUUAUAGCUUCUGGUCAGGUUACAUAUAUGGGAUACAAAGCAACAAUUAUUGUGUGGAGUUUUGAAAAAAAGGAAAAAUAUGCCGAAUUUGUGCUUCACAAAGUGAAGGUUCAGGCCCUAAGCUUCUCACGAAAUUCAAGUUAUCUCGCAAGUCUUGGGGGGCAAGAUGACGGCAGCGUCGUUAUUUGGUCUGUGCCAAAAAAAGAAGCUGUUUGUGGAAGUCCGGCGCAGCCACAGAGUGCUGGAGUAACAUUGGCGCUAGCUUGUGCUAAUAUUUCUGAAAACACAUUUAUUACAGCUGGAGAAAACACGGUGCGAGUGUGGAGCUUAGAUUUGGAAAAUCGUAAAAUCAGGCCAGCAGAUUGUAACUUGGGUCAAGUUAAGCGAACUAUUCACUGUCUGUCUGUUUCCCACAAUGACGAAAUAUUUUUUGCAGGAACUACAACUGGCGAUGUUUUGACGAUUAGUAUGAAGCAUCACCUGUUACAAGUUAUUGCACCUGAAAAAAACGGAUUCAGUAUGGGUGUAACCACACUUAAGAUAUUAGGAGAAUCAAUGUUACUUGUUGGAUCAGGAGAUGGAGUUGUGCAAGAAUUUUGUUACACCGUUAGAAAAGAAGGAAAACGAUGCUUCCCAACAUUGAUCAAGACAAAACAAAAUAAGGAUUUGUUACAAGAAUAUAUCCUCGAGCAAAACUAUUCACAUUUGGGACCGGUGUUCUAAGCCAUCAAGUUGUAACCGGUUUACAAUUUAGAAACAACAAUAAAGCUCUCUUAAAUUCAAGAUAACAAUAUUGACCUAAUCAGCUAAGAAUAAUUUAACCGGUUAAAUUUGUGAAACAAAAUACUUUUGUUCCUUCAGGUUCCAAGAUUGCAAAUAACUAUUUCAAGCUUGCG